GUAGACAGGAAUUGGAUGGGGGGAGGAGGAGGAGGAAGAGGAGGAGGAGCUUUAAAAGUGGAGGUUAAAACCCAGAGCCCCCGCAGAGUGACCCAAGCUGACACUCUGUGGGACAGCUCUGCACAGGGAGACUGUUGGACAGUGGACAGAGAGAGCAAAACUGUGAUCGGCGGAGAAAAUAAACAUCAUCUGUCAAACUUUCUGAGCAGGUCCCGGGACACACCAGCACGGAGUACUAUGAUGAUUAAGCCGUAUGUGAGACAAGGCGAGGGAGAGGAAGUUGUCAGCCCUCUGCAGUGGAUGGACGGAGACAUGAGCUCACCUGAUGGAGAUGCGUUAGUCUCAUCACACCGCUAUAGAGCAGGUGGAGUGAGCCAACAGGACAGGGAGAUGGGGAGUGAAGAUGUGGAGGAAGAUGAGGAGGAGGAGGAGGAGGAGGAGGGGCAGGAGGACGAAAACGAGUCCAAACGACGAGGGCCCAAGAAAAAGCGGAUGACCAAGGCCCGGCAGGAGCGAUUCCGUGCGAGGCGUGUAAAGGCUAACGCCAGGGAGCGCUCACGUAUGCACGGUCUAAAUGAUGCACUGGAGAACCUGCGCAGCAUUAUGCCCUGUCACUCCAAAACACAGAAACUGUCCAAGAUCGAAACGUUACGGCUGGCCCGCAACUACAUCUGCGCUCUGUCCGAGGCCCUGGAGGGGGGCCUUUCCACAGAGAGCAGGGCUUUCAUGGAGACGCUGUGUAAGGGCCUCUCACAGCCCACCACCAACCUGGUGGCGGGCUGCUUGCAGCUUGGAUCUUCUCCUGGAGGUGCGAUGAGGCCUGAGGACAGACACAGAGUUCGGGCAGCACCUACUCCUCUCGGUGGCGUGGUGAGCUACUCCUCUCCAGGCCUGCCAAGUCCGCCGUAUGGCACUUUUGACUCUGCUCACCUGCUUCACCUGAGGGCGAUGAAAGGAGGGGUGUACGAGAAUCACUCACCUAUUGAGUAUAGCGCUGGCGGAGUGGGGACCCCUCCGUAUGACGGCCCCCCUACACCACCUCUGAGCAUCAGCAGCAACCUGGUGCCCAAACAGGAGCCUUCACCCCACUACCUACCCCCACACCACCACUCCCCCUCCCCUGUGGACCAGGGCCUGUAUCAGACUCAGACCGUCUAUGACGUCCACUUAGAGGGGCCAUAUAACUCCUACCAUCCACCGCACAUCCACCGACAGAUAACCUCCGUCUACAGAGACUAAGAAGGAUCAGGAGGGUCGAUUCUGCUUCAGCCAUCAAUACAACCUGACUGACCAUCUUCGCUCCUUAAUCCUUCAUGAACUCUGCCUGACACUGAUGUCUCGUGGACCUUAAGACUAAAGGAUGAGUCUGCUAGUAGAGGAACUGUAGAAUAAAAAUGGUUUGUUUACAUGUGUGGUGCACUUAGACUAGCACUGCUGAACAUUGUUAAAAUUAGAAAAUACUUGACUUAAACCAAUACAUUUUCUUAAAAAACUGAUUACCAAAUGAUUUAAGGAGCUUGAGGGAAAUGUUGCUUUGGCCAUUUUGACCAGAUGUCCUGUUACUGUAAUAUAAGCACUUCUAAUUUAGCUUUGGUAACAUCAGAUAUUUUACAUAAAUUAAAAGUAUUUUUAUUUAUUCUCUAAUUUAAUAUCGUGUAUAUGAACUGAUGUGCAGGUGUGUGGUUUUCCUUUUGUAUAUAUUUGUGGUCAAGGCCUCUCUUUGUUUGCUACUUAGACUGAUAGUUUAUCUCUUAUAUUUCUUUUCUGCCCACUUUUCUUCAUUGUUUAUUACAGUAUUUCAUGUUUUGCACUCUAAACAUAUUCAGAGGUAGAUUUCCCAGCACAGUGUAGAUGUUUUUAUUUUAAAACUGGAAGAAAAUAAAUGGGGAGUGAUGGAGUGAGAGAUCGAGCUGAAGAAACAAAAAUGCCAUUCUCAGGUUAACAUUGUGAAAAUGAAUAUCUAAUUUCCAACAAAUUUUGCAUUGGAUACCAUGUAAUUUUUUAGUCUUUGUCAUAUUUGUUUCUCUUGGAAAAUUUGAUGUUAAUAAAAUAUUAAAAAUUCAA